AUGUCGCAUUGGGAUAUUGAGUUGUACUAUAGCUUGAAAAGCUCUGUGCCAGUGCGCACCCUGUCUUUGCUUGGCGUACCAAUGUUGUGGAACACAUUCAAGUUGGAGGUUCCUGAUCGAGACUUGUUUGAGUACUCGUCUGCAUCCCUGGCUACCUUCGGCCAUGACGCUGCCACCCUCGGGAAAAUCCUGGUUCGAAUUGGUCUGGAAGGGAAAACGGCCUCGGCUGCAGCAGUGCUCCAGGCACUGCUGGCCUUUUCUUCGCUCCAUCGCUACGGUUUACAACCCCAUGCCGUGGAGCUGAAAAUUGCUGCGCUGAAAAGCUUAGCAGAAGGAUCAGCUGUGCCAAGCCUCGGCGCGAAAGAAACCAUUCAGCAUAUUGCCACAGGGAUGCUGCUUUGUUCGUUUGAGAUUCAUCAUUCAUCUUGCUCCUCAGACGAAUGGAUGGGAUGCCUGAGAGGUGUCGAGACGGUCAUUAACGCGUCGUCUAUCAAAACAUUACUUCAGCUCGGCUCUGAUGUGGUUGUCUUGCUAGACUGGGUGCACUACCACGAUAUCCUCGCUCGCUUCUCAUUGUUAUACUGGGAAAGAGAAGGGACGCCGGAGCUCCCGUCGACUCCAACAAACUUCUUUGGUCCGCAGAUUUCCAUUCUGCCGCCGCCCGUUUUCUCCAUGAUUAAUCUACUAUCCCAAGCAUGCGUCACGAUAUCUAGUAGCACAAUCCCACCAGAAACCGGCAAUAGCGCGGAUGAUUAUAAGAACUUCGUAGGAGUGAUAGACUGGAGAAUCAGGACCGUACCGAUGCUCAAAAUCACACAUGACGACAAUGAUGUUUUGGAUGAUGUGGCUUUGUUGAUGCACCUGUACCAGCUCGCAAUGCUGGUGUUCCUCAACCGAAGGUCUGAAGGCGUCAUCGAUCAACCCAUCAGGACACAAGACUAUAUCGACAAAGCCUUUGCUCUCUUGCCCCGACUGAGUUUCUGCAAACAGCAAUUUCCCAUUCACGUCAUUGGAUGCGAGGCGCGAACGGAUGAGCAACGAGCCGUCAUCCUCGAUGUCAUUUCCAGGACUGAGAAGAUGAGCUUGUCGCGUUCUUUCAGUUAUUGUAGGAGAAUACUGCAGGCUGUCUGGGCCCAAGAUGAUCUCAGGGAAGGCAAUAAAAUCAGCCACCGUGACAUGUUGACCUCUGUAAUAGGCCAUUGUGUAAUUGUUCCUGCUUUUUCGUGUGCGAACCAGAAGUACUUGCUGAAUGGCAAGACAAGGGUUGUCGAGCAAUUGUGCUCUCGGAAUCUGUUGAACUGA